UUGCACCCCUAUUAUCUUUAAUUAAGUCUAUUUUCGGACUGAUGUCUCGGCGUUGCCGCUAUUUUAAGUAUAACUCCAGCUGACACAUAGCCACAAAGAACUUCAGGACAUGCGGGAAAUUACUAACCAAGAAGAGAGCCGAAUAAAAAUGAGCCUUAUCAAAGGUAUAAAUAAUUUGGACCGCCCUCGAUUAGAAUCACAACAGGUUCUACAAGGCUACUCGACUUAACAUCUCCAAACCAACCUGAGCAUUUCCUAAUCUCUCGAGUCUUACACCGAACAAAGAAACAUCAACGAAUAACAUCAUGGCACUCUUCAAGAACGCAUUGCUGGCCUCUCUUAUCACCUUAUCCGUCGCUCUGCCAUACGACGGCCCUGUUUCGACGAGUAUUAUCGAGAGAGACAAUUCAACAUUACACCUACAAGUUGAGUUGGGAAGCAAUUCGUUUGACAUUGGAGACCAAGACGCUAGCACUUUUCUAUCGAAGUUUAUACAACCAGUUUGUUCCGCUACAGGUUGCGACUCUGGAUCCCCUCAGAGCUUCACGUUCGUGACUGUGAGCGGUGGCUCCACCGCUGACGGAACUGCCACUAUUAAAAUGAGCGGCACUAUCGACGGCGACAACAAUGUGUUACAACUACUUUUGAACGCCGUCAAUACCGCGAUGCUUCAGUCAAAGCAGUGCACAACAGUUCAUGGAGAAGAGUGCGCCAACACCCCCCAUCCAUCAAAUCCAUCGAAGCGUGAGGAUGCUCCCAUUGCUCUCAGUUGCUCGGAUGUCUCAUUUGUUACCUGUACCCUUGCCAAUUUUAUACAAGUCACUUUGUUUGACGCAAGUUCGGACGUAAAGGCCCAGAUGAGCUUAUCGGGCUCCGCAGAAGAACCAUCAGGCUUUGAUUGCAGUAGUUUCAUCGGCUCUAUCCAGAGCGCGCUAGGCGCUAUCCCCCUCCCAGAUAUCGCUGAGGGCGUUAUAUCUGGUAUUUCAGCAAUCUGCAGUUUGAUAUCUGGGUAGCCCUUGUUGGUACAUGUGUGCGCGUAACAUACAACGGAGCCAUUGGUUGUAUGGACAGCGUCGUUGCACGCUUAGGACAUGCUCAAUUGUAUUAAUAUUGUAGUAUAACGAUUAUUUCUUAAGGCAAAGUAUAU